UCAUCAGCAGCUACGUCAACAAAGUAACAUGUCAGGGUUACAGAAGCAGCAACAGCAGCCAAUGCAUACCAUGCAUCAGCAAGGAGGAAAGCUGCAGCAACAACAAAAUGCACAGGUAUCACCAAAUAUGUUACAAAUCCAAGGCCAACAUGCACAAUCCCAACCAGCACAACAACUUAUGUCUCAGCAUCCAUCUCAAACAACGCAAAUGCAUCAGCAAUUGGGAUUGCAGCAACAACCAAAAUCAUUACAAAGGGAUAAGCAACAAAGGAUUCAGACGUCUGGUGGCUCGACCCUCAACCAUCGAAGUUUAUUGGACCAGAAGCGAGUGUUUCAUUCACAAACACCACCUCCAGAGGCCUCAUCAACGUCAAUAGAUGCAGCAAUGACAGGAAAUGCAACCGCAACAGGAACUGCCAUCGACAUGCAGGAGGAAGUUUAUCAGAGAAUUAAGUCCAUGAAAAAAAAAUACUUACCAGAUCUUAGUGACAUGCACCGGAAACUCUCUCAAAUAUUACAACAGUAUGAUUCUCUUCCACAACCACCUAAGUCUGAGGGAAUUGAGUUGCUAAAAAUUUUCAAGAUCGUGGUGGACAGGAUGAUGGGGUUCUUGAAUCUUCCAAAGAGUAAUGUGAUACCUAAGGUUAAGUUGGAUUCAUAUGAGAAACAGAUUUUGAAUAUUCUGACCCUGCAUCCCCCAAGGAAACCUGGUCCACUGCAGCAACAAAUUCAGCCAACUGGUGCCCACCCACUCUCUAUACAGCAACAACAGCGGCAGCAGCAACAUCAACUGCCCUCAUCAACGUCAAUAGAUGCUGUAAUAACAGGAAAUGCAACCGCAACAGGAAGUCUGGUUGGUGUGCAGGAGGAAGUUUAUCAGACAAUUAAGUCCAUGAGAGAAAAAUACUUACCAGAUCUUAGUGACAUGCACCGGAAGAUCUCUCAAAUAUGCCAACAGUAUGAUUCUCUUCCACAACCACCGAAGUCUGAAGAAAUUGAGUUGCUCAAAAAUUUCAAGAUCGUGGUGGACAAGGUGAUAGGGUUCUUGAAUCUUCCAAAGAGUAAUGUGAUGCCUAGCAUGAAGGAUAAGUUGGAUUCAUAUGAGAAAAAGAUCUUGGGUAUUCUGACCUUGAAUCGCCCAAGGAAACCUGGUCCACCGCAGCAACAAAUUCAGCCAACUGAUGGCCAUCCACUCUCUAUACAGCAACAACAGCGGCAGCAGCAACAUCAAAUGCCCUCAUCAACGUCAAUAGAUGCAGAAGUAACAAGAAAUGCAACCGCAACAGGAAAUCCGAUUGACGUGCAGGAGGAAGUUUAUCAGACAAUCAAGUCCAUGAGAGAAAAAUACUUACCAGAUCUUAGUGACAUGCACCAGAAGAUCUCUCAAAAGUGCCAACAGUAUGAUUCUCUUCCACAACCACCAAAGUCUGAGCAAAUUGAGAGGCUUAAAAUUUUCAAGAACUUGUUGGACCAGAUGAUGGGCUUCUUGAAUCUUCCAAAAAGCAGUGUGAUGCCUAGUUUGAAAGAUAAGCUGGCUUCGUAUGAGAAACAUAUCUUAGAUAUUCUCAACUCGAAUCGGCCAAGGGAACUUGCUGAUUAGUGUGUAAUUUGCUCUUUUUAUUGAUUAACUUUUAUUUUUAACAAAAAUAAUAUAGAUAAAUGUAUUACAAGGAGGUGGUUGGGACUUGGGAGGCUAGUAACCAGCUGGGCUCCUACUUUAUUAAGAACGAUUUUUUGGGGACCAUAGCUUU